UGGGAUCACUCUCUCUUUCUCUCAACAACAACUUGUGCUACAUCCUCCAAAUGGAGCCACUCCCACGAUUGCUCCACCUUCUUGUGCUGGUCCUCCUCUGUUUCAGCCUCGUCCAGGGAAGAACGCACAGCCGCCGCCACCGUACCAAGCACUUAAAACAGAGCAUUGCUCUGCCUCCGGCGACCUCCGCCUUCUCCGCCGCCGCGCCGCAGGGGGCAUCAAACGAGACGUCCGCCAAUUGCAGUCGCGCCACUCCUCCUCCUGCCUCAAUUCCUCUCCCUCCUUCUCCGUCUCCGUCUCCGGCCCCGGCGCCGGCGCAUUCCCCUGUGUCGGUGGUUUACGACGUGAGAGCCUUCGGGGCAGCGGGAGACGGCGUCGCCGACGACACCGAGGCGUUCAGGGCGGCGUGGGUCUCGGCGUGCCAAGACGCGAAGCCCGGCCCCGUCGUCCUCGUCCCUCGAGGCUACAGCUUCAAGCUCCAGUCGACCAUCUUCCCCGGACCUUGCCGGAGCUCCGAGCUGGUCCUACACGUCGACGGGACGAUGAUGCCGCCGGACGGCCCCGGCGAGUGGCCGGCGAACAACAACCGGCGACAGUGGCUGGUUUUCUACAGAGCCAAUGGGCUGAGACUAGAAGGAGGCGGCCUAAUCGAUGGAAAAGGAGACAAAUGGUGGGACCUCCCUUGCAAACCUCACAAGAGUAAUGGAAGCUCAUCAGGACCGUGUGACAGCCCUGUGGCGUUGAGAUUCUUCAUGAGCUCAAAUCUGACCGUUCGUGGCAUUAAAGUCCAGAACAGCCCCCAAUUCCACUUCCGGUUCGACGGCUGCCGGAACGUCACCGUCGACUCCAUCCGCAUCGCCUCCCCCGCCCUCAGCCCCAACACCGACGGAAUCCACCUCGAGAACUCCAACGGCGUCGUCAUCCGCGACUCCCACAUCUCCAACGGCGACGACUGCGUCUCCAUCGGCGCCGGCACCGCCAACGUCGACAUCCACAACGUCACCUGCGGCCCCGGCGGGCACGGCAUCAGCAUCGGCUCCCUCGGGAAGCAGGGCAGCUCCGCCGCCUGCGUCACGAACGUCACCGUCCGCAACUGCGUCAUCCGCCUCUCCGACAACGGCGUCCGCAUCAAGACAUGGCAGGGCGGCGUCGGCGCGGUGACGGCGGUCACCUUCGCCGGCAUCCGCAUGGACGACGUCCGCAACCCGAUCAUCAUCGACCAGUACUACUGCCUCGCCAAGUCCUGCCCCAACGCCACCUCGGCCGUGCGCAUCGCCGGCGUGACCUACGCCGACAUCCGGGGCACCUACGACGUGCGGGGCCCCCCGGUGCACCUCGCCUGCAGCGACGCCGUCCCCUGCACCAACAUCACGCUCGCCGGCGUGGAGCUGCUGCCGGCGAGGGACUACUUCGUGAUGGAACCGUUCUGCUGGAACGUCUACGGGGUGGCGCCCACGCUCACCAUCCCGCCGGUGACCGCGGCCUGCUUGACGGAGGGAAUGCCGAGGGCCGUUAUGGAGUUUGGAACGGACCAGUGCUAUCGGUUAAGUUAGUUACACAAUUAAUCAUAGAUUAUUAUAUAUUAUAUAUUAUAUACUAGAAAAGAAAAAAAAAUUAAAAUAUUAUAGUAAAAAAAUAAUCCCACCUAUCUCCUUAGAUUCUGCGAAGAUAGAUAAAUUAAAGAAUCAAUUUAAUUGUAAAAGGAGUUUCUAACAUAAACAUUCUAGAUAAAAUAUUAUACCUUGAUAUAUGAAAAAGUUAAAAA